AUGCUUGUCCUUAAAUCCCUCUUUAUCGAGGACUGGGAUGAGCGCAAUGAAGCAACAAUCGAGGACAGCGAUCGCGAAGCCCUAAAUUUAUUGAAAGAGGAAGAUGGGACGACGUACAACGAGGUACUGGCCAGAUACUCGCCGGAUCAGCAAGAAUUGUUGAACGAAUUUGUUGGUGACGUAUCGGUGACAUCCGUGGCUGAUAAAAUUCACCCUGAUAUCAAUACAGCCAUUGGGUAUCAGCAGAAUGAAAUUCUAAAGGAUGCCGAACAAACGGCGCUGCUCAAAACAGUCCCUGUACCUGGUGAUAAGCGUACAUAUAAGGAAGUCAAAUUUCCCGUCACCAAUGAUCCUGAAGGACAGUGGCCAGUUCUGACCUACUCAAACGUCACCUUCACUAACUGGGGGGAGACAGUCAGAAAUUUCCCCUUGUAUACUUGUAUUCCAACAACUGUCUAUGGCGUGCAGGGCAUUGUGAAGUAUGCCAAAGCAAAUGGCUACAGUGUCCGCGUUUCCGGUUACCGUCAUUCAUGGUCCCCCAUCUUCGGUCGGGACAGGGGUGAGAAUAAAAAAUUUAUACUUAUCUCUACGUUGAGAUUGGAUCGCGCGGUCCUGGGUCGUAAGCCGAAUUGGGAAGCACUGGGAGCCUACAAAGGUAGAAAAACGGAACUAAAUAAGAUCGAAGCUAUAACCGACGAUUCCAGUGGUCUUCCACCCAAUCAGCAGCUUGUUCGUGUGGGUUGUUCCACCACCAACGAAGACCUGCGAAGGUGGUGUCUCUCAGCAAAGAGCCGCUGGAAAUGGACAUUGCCUCUGAAUGUGAUUAUGGUGGAGAUCACAUGCGGGGGUAGCAAUGGUCCAAUCUGUCAUGGUGCUGGAAUCCAGACGAAGACACUCAGUGACCUUGUCUUUGCAGUUGAAUAUGUGGAUGCGAUGGGCAACGUCCAGACAAUCAGUCGCAAAGACGGGAACAUCCUUUCUGCCGCGAGUGGUUGUUUUGGAUUGUUAGGUGUUGUCACUCGCCUAACUCUUAUUCUCGAUGAGAUGAGUGUUGCGUUCAUGGAGCCGAUGAAAUUACCAGUUAUUGAGGCCAUUCCCCCUCCCCCUGAUGUUAUCGGAAAUCUGCCCCCUAGCCUCAAGAAGGCCUAUGACAAGUACAAGCCGGAGCAAGUUCAACAAUUUGUAAAAGACUUUGAGCGCCGCGCUUUGGACGAGUACUAUGCGGAGUGGUUUUGGUUCCCAUUCCAUAAGCAAAUUUGGGUUAACACAUGGUCUACAAAGCAAGCUGAUCCCGAUGAUGUUCGUGAUUAUCCCUCCGAGAAAGAAAUAUCCCGUCAAAUAAUUCAGAACUUCACGUUGGAGGUCAUGCAGGAGGUGUUGCGACGGCUCAGAAAAUGGUGGCCAACUUGGUCAACUAAGCAAAUCUGUGUGCAAUCCUUUCAGACGGACACAACUUCUAUCCUGACAUGGCUACCCGAUGCACUUCACUUUCGCCGAGGGAUUCAAAAUGCUCGUGUUCGAGACCUUGAAGUGGAAAUACCUCUUCCUACUAGGGAUAACCUUGACAUCGUUCGAAAAGCUUGGUGGCAAGUCAUUACUCUGGCAUACCGGCCUGAGAAUAUUGCUAUUUGUCCAAUGCGAAUGCCCCUUGAAAUGCGCAUCAUGGGGGACAGUAACGUGUUAAUGGCACCGCAGCGUGGUAAUACAAACGGAACCUGUGCUAUUGAAGUCCUGACUCCUUGGUUUAUGGAAGAUGAGUGGCCGCGAUUUGCUCAAGCGGUGCUCGAUGAAUGGAUGAUCCUCCGACAAUGGAACAACCAAACACUCAACAUUAGACCUCAUUGGGCUAAAGAAUGGGUGAAUUUUCAGGUCGACAAUAAGCCUUGGUUGCAAUAUCUUAAAGAAACAAGCUACAGGACAGAAAUACCUGAAUUCAGAGCUCUUCUUGAGAGGAUUGGUCAACAGCAGGGAUGGACUCUGGAUGAAAUGAGGGCGAUGUUCUCAAACCAAGUGCUUGACGAGUUAUUUUUCACAUGA